AUGUCCUCCAAAGCUCUAGAGUCUACGACGUUUCGUCUCGGCAACGGCAAAGACGUCCGCAUCCCAAUCGGCCAGUUCAUCAACAAUGAGUUUGUGGACAGCGUCUCUGGCGCACGCAUGGAUGUCUACAAUCCCGCUACCGGCAAGGUUAUCGGACAAGUCAGCGAGGGCGAUGGCGCCGACGUCGACGUAGCGGUCAAGGCUGCCCGGGCGGCGUAUGAGAAGGACAACCGCGCGUGGGGCUUUAUGAAGCACUAUGAGCGCGGUGUCCUGCUGAACAAGCUUGCCGAUCUCAUCGAGGCCAACCGUGAGGAGCUGGCUGCCAUCGAGGCGACCGAUACGGGCAAGCUCUACACGCAGGCCCUGAACCGCGAUAUCAUGGGUGUUAUCAAGACCAUUCGCUAUUACGCUGGCUAUGCCGACAAGAUUAUGGGACACACCUACAACGCUAUUCCAGGCGUGAACGCGUACACCAAGCUCGAGCCGAUGGGUGUAUGCGGCCAGGUCAUCCCGUGGAACUUUCCCGCGUCGAUGUGGGCCUGGAAGAUUGCGCCUGCGCUGGCAACAGGCAACGCGGUGGUCAUCAAAAGUGCCGAGAACACGCCUCUCAGCGCACUCAAGAUGUGCGAGUACGUCCGUGAGGCGGGCUUUCCUCCUGGCGUCUUCAACCUGAUCACUGGCCGUGGGCCAACGGCCGGUCAGGCGAUCGCGGAUCACAUGGAUAUCGACAAGGUAGCCUUCACCGGGUCCGGUCCGGUGGGCCGUAAGAUCUUGGAGGCAUCGGCCAAGUCAAACCUCAAGCGCGUGACACUCGAGCUUGGAGGUAAGAGCCCGAACAUCAUCUUCGAUGAUGUCAAGUCGGUCAAGGAAGCGGCCGAGUGGGCGCUGUACGGUAUCGAGAUGAACGUCGGCCAAGUGUGCGUUGCUGGUACUCGAAUCCUCGUCCAGGACACCAUUGCCGAGGAGUUUACCGCAGAGUUCACAAAACUCAUGAGCGCCGUCAAGGUUGGCGAUCCUUUCGACCCGUCGACGACCCAGGGACCGCUUGUUUCAGCUCCCCACUGGGACCGUGUCAACGGCUGGGUCAAGAUUGCGUGUGAGGACGGAGCCACUCUUGCCCUCGGCGGCAAAGACCUCCGCGAGGAGCUUGGCGGCGGUUACUAUAUCUCACCGACCAUCUUCACCGGUGUCAAAAAGGAGAACCGCGUGCUCGCAAACGAGGUGUUUGGCCCAGUCGUCUCGAUCCAGACAUUCAGCACUGAGGAGGAGGCCAUCGAAGAGGCCAACCGCACGUCCUACGGGCUGGCCUCUGCCGUAUUUUCAAACAACUACGAGCGCAUCCAAAGGAUGAACGAUGCGAUUCGCGCAGGCACCGUCUGGAACAACAUUUACAACUUUACGAGCUUUGCGAUUCCGUUUGGCGGUUACAAGGAGUCCGGUAUUGGUCGCGAGUCUGGCGAGGCCGUGUUGUACAACUACCUCGAGACCAAGGCGGUGAUCAGCAACAUGGGGAACAUCCGCUCACCCAUGGCUCCCGCGUGA